AUGGCCAUCACACUACAAGUUCCUAACGAGUACGGAUACGUCCUCCUCGUGGCCGCCUCCACGUUCUUCAUCAACACCACUCACGCCAUCCUGACGAGCAAAGCCCGCAAGGCCAGCGGCCUUCUUUACCCAGUGCCGUACGCCUCCAAUGAGGUUGCUGAGAAGGAUACCAAGGCCUACUUGUUCAACUGCGCACAACGUGCCCACGCCAACUUUACCGAGAACCAGCCCUCGUUUCUAGGCGCCUUGCUCAUUUCCGGUCUCCGAUUCCCCCUUGCCAGUGCUGCCCUCGGCGCCGGCUGGGCUGUCUCCCGACUCAUCUACGCUUUUGGUUACACGAGCUCUGGCCCCGCAGGCCGGCUCCGUGGUUCCGUUGGGUCCUUCAUAUUCGACACGCUCCUCAAGUUCACCGCCGUCUACACCUCUGUUUCCAUGGUCAUGGACUGGUAA